AUGAAAGUCUCCAAAUGCUUUGUGGCCACGAUUGUGAUUAUUUCCACACUGCUUGUUCUCGCUGUAGUGGCAAUUAUUCUUUUAGCCGUCUUUCUGACUAAAGCUGCCGGUCCGCAAACAUGGAAAAGUUACUACAGAGGGAAUUUCAGAAUAUUGAACGUUCCCUACAACGAGAGCCUGGCAUCGAGCAGCUCCAUGGAGUUCUCUGAGUUGACCGAUGACAUUCAGACACAACUGAACUUGGUCUAUUCAGAAUCAGAAUUGUCCAAGGAAUUCAGUCGUGGACAAGUUGUAGAAUUCAGCUUUGGGAGCGUGAAGGUUGAGCUGGUCCUGGAGUUCGGGGGCAACGGCAACAUCCCAGCCUCACUGAUGGAUGCAGUGGAGUUGGCAAUCCAGCAAAGCCUGACACAAGUGGACAUGUCCACCCAGACCGGCUCACUCAACCACUUGCUCAUCGACAUCAACUCCAUCCAGUUCACCGAAAUCAGCAAGUCACAAGCAGAGUUUCUUUUGAAAAAAGUUUCUCUGGAUGGUUCUGCGGCACCAGAUUCCACCGUUGCAACCAGCACGGACAUCCCAACACAACCCACCUCAGUUUCUCUGGAUGGUUCUGCGGCACCAGAUUCCACCGUUGCAACCAGCACGGACAUCCCAACACAACCCACCUCAGGCUGUGGCAUUAAAGCUCCAACUCCCAGUAGGAUUGUUGGUGGGACCAACGCACAAAAUGGCGAGUGGCCGUGGCAGGUUAGCCUGCAGAUCGGGAGACACGUUUGCGGUGCCUCCAUCAUCUCCGACCGAUGGCUCAUCUCUGCCGCCCACUGCUUUGAAAUACAUAACGACCCAACCAACUGGCAAGUGUACAUGGGAUCGGUGGAAGUGGGGACAGGCACCAGACGAGACAUCAGACAGAUCAUCGUCCACCGCAGAUACGCAUUGAACACCCCAGAAGACUAUGAUGUUGCAGUCCUGGAAAUGUCCAGCCCACUCAACCUCUCCAGUGUCAUCUACCCGAUCUGCCUCCCGUCCAGUCAGCAAGUGUUCCCCAGCGGCCAGCAGUGCUACAUCACAGGAUGGGGCAGACUCGCUUACCAAGGAUCCCUUCCCAACAUCCUACAAGAAGCAGAAGUGUCGGUUAUUGAUGAACAAACGUGCAGGAAUAUCUACAGAUCCCAUAUCACUCCGAGAAUGCUGUGUGCUGGUGUAUUAACGGGAGGAGUAGAUUCAUGUCAGGGGGAUUCUGGAGGACCCUUGGCCUGCAGUGACUCGAGAGGAACCUGGUUCCUGGCGGGAAUCGUCAGCUUUGGCAACGAAUGUGCUCUGCCCAACUUCCCUGGCGUCUACACGCGUGUGACAGCCGUGAGAGACUGGGUGGAACAACAGACAGGGGUGUGAUCCAGCCAGCACCUCUUCCUGACGUCUCCCUCACCCCCCACC